GUGUGACUUAACGUUAUUUUAUAUAGCAUAUAUAUUUCAGUUUUUUACAUGUGAAGAUAUAGCCGUUUGGAUUACCUUUGUAUCCGUUGUUUGUGAACAGUUAGCCGCUAUAAAGAACAGCUAGCAGCCAGGUUAGCUUCAUAAUGGUGAUUUGUUUUUUGGUUUCUUAUCUGUUUUAAUACUUCUCCUAUAUUAUUGUGUACAGACUUUUCACCCGGAUUUAACCCUUACAGAUUAAGAGUAAUUGCCAUUUUCACAUCUACAUACUAAAACAUUUAUAUGUGCAAAACAUACUUUUUAUAAUAUCUAAAACCUUAAUACGUUCAUGUCCAUUUAAGAUAACGUAAAUAAUAAGAUAAGAUAUACUUUAUUGAUCCCAAUGUUUUCGUCAGAGCAGCAUAUAUAAGACAUUGCACAUGAAUUAAAGGUAAAUACAAUACAAUGAAAGUAAAAGUUGUCGUUGCAGCCUAAUCAAUAGAGCAGCUGUUGUCUCAAAGAUUACAACACUUUCAUUAAGUUUUACACUUUUAUUUUUUUUUACACCAGGAUUUCCUUCACAAAAACAAUAAAGAUAUACAUUUCAGCAGUAGAAGAUAAACAAACUAUGCUGCUACUUGUUUGUUUGUUUGCCUGGAUGAGGACUUAUUUGUCUUUCUUUUGUGUGGAGCUAUUUAGAUCUGCUCACACCAGCAGGUCGAGGAAAUGUACACACAAGUCGUGCCGAGACGUUAAGGAUUAGUUCUCUUACCUCCAACACACAGCAAUGACAUUUAUUAAAUGCGCUAAUAGUGCAGGGUCCAGCUUCUUCACCAGCUUCCGUAAUUGAGCCAAUCUGUGCAGAAUUCAGCCUGAGGAUGAAGCGUCGGGCUGGAGAUGGAGAAGCCAGCCAGAUCAUGGGAGGGAUCAAACAAGAGCAGAGUGAUGCAUCGAAUCAGUCCAAACCUUCACAUUCAGCAGACCAACCACCAGAGGAGCCAAAGAAGAGAGGCUGGCCGAAGGGAAAGAAGAGAAAGAAGGUGCUACCAAAUGGUCCCAAGGCACCAGUAACUGGAUAUGUCCGCUUCCUAAAUGAACGUCGGGAACAAAUGCGGGCCAGGUACCCUGACUUACCUUUCCCAGAAAUCACCAAGAGACUUGGAGCAGAGUGGACACGAUUGGCCCUGAAUGACAAACAGCGCUACCUUGACGAGGCAGAACGGGAGAAGAUCCAGUAUGCUCAGGAACUGAAGGAGUAUCAGCAGACGGAGGCCUUUCAGAUCACCACUGCUAAGAUACAAGACAAGAGGAUCAAGAAAGAGGACACUCCGUCUGUCAUCAUCAGCACUCGUUCAGAGCCAUCUAUAUCAAAGGCUUCUGACCUCACAAGCAGGUUCGACAUUCCUAUCUUCACAGAAGAGUUCCUCGAUCAGAACAAAGCUCGAGAGGCUGAGUUGCGACGGCUUCGUAAAGCCAACAUUGAGUUUGAGGAGCAGAAUUCAGUGCUUCAACGACACAUUAAGGACAUGUACAAUGCUAAAGAGCGCCUGGAGGCUGAACUGGGGCUGGAUGAAAAGCGGACGCAGGCUCUUCACCAACACUUGCUGGCCAUCAAACACACACUGGUCAACAGUCUGUCAUCAGUCCCCUUACCAGAUACAGGUGAGACAGCAUCUCAUGGGAACUUGGACUCAUACCUGACUCGUCUCAAUGGAGUGCUGGAGGGCAACCCUCACAAGCAUCGUGCACUGCUCUCCCAGCUCUGCGAAGUCCUCUCUCAUCUGGACGGUGAGAAGUUAUGAGGAGACUCCAGCCGGAUGGAUUCCCACUGCUGCAUCACAGGGACACGAUACAGGCUCGGCAGGAUUAGGUCAAAUCAGUGCCAUUCAACAGAGCAUGUGGAUAUCUCAAGGAUAGUAAAGGCAAGGGUGAAAACACUUCAAAACACCACCCACGCAGGCCCUGCCUCUUCUUUAUGAAUGUGUCUAUUCAUGCACAAGCGCAUUUGUAAAUGCAAAUAUUUGUGGCGUUGAUGAGGGUUUUUAAUAGUUCAGGAAUUCCAUUAAAUAUAAGGUAAUUAUAUCUUCUGAACAGCUUUAAUUAAGUCAAAUUGGUUCGACCCUUACCCUUUUGUAGUGUCAGCAGUUACCUACAGGCACAUGACCUGUCCAAUAAGACAAGCCUAAUUAUUAGUUUACAGUGAAUGCCCACUUGCAUUACGGGGUUGGGGAAUGUGUAUGUUGUAUUAUUUAGAAUGCAUUAAAAAUAAAACAACUGGAAAGAGUGAAAAUCAAAUGUUGGGUUUUGAAUUUGUGUGUUUACAUUGAUGAUGUUAGGUUGUUUAAUGGACAAAACACGCUGUCCGAACAUUAUAUAUUUGUAUUUUCUGAAAUGUUCAUUAAACCAAACUGAAAAUGUU